UCCACGGACGAGAGAUCCGCCUGUUAUGUUUUCUCAGGGUGGAAGUCAUUUUCCAUCCAGAUUCCAGACUGGGAGAGAAAAAACGUCGGCGACCAAACAUCCAAAUGGAGGUUGAGUAGCAUAAAACGGGUUAUUGGCGCUGUUUUUAUUGGGAAUGCAUCAGGCUAGCUAGCCGAGAGGAGCAUCGGCGUUUCAUUUCGGCUUGGCUCUUUGUUGGAGAGGUAGAUCCAGACGGAGCCCAGCGGUGGUGGCAUCAUUUCAGGUUUUUACAGACCAGAUAUGCUCUCCUGAAUCUCCGCCUUGUUUCUUCACUCUAUUUAUCCUGGUCGUUCACUUUGCCAUAAUGAACCACAGCCCCAGCCCCCACUUGUCUGAAGGCGGGAAGUCAGCCGGAGGUGGCCUUCUCUGCAGCAUCGGUCUGGGGUCGGACCGGGGGAUCCGCUCCCCAGACAGCCUGGCCCACACGCCCAGCCCUACUGGGGGAACUCCCAGUUCCAGCCCCCCUCUGUUGCUGUCGCCUGGACUUGGAGGUCUGGGUCUAGGCCCUCUGGGUGAAGGAGUUGGAGGUGACUGGGAGACCAGGGAGGAGUUGAGACUCAGGGAACUGGAGGAAGCUCGAGCCAGGGCAGCCCAGAUGGAAAAGACCAUGAGGUGGUGGUCCGACUGCACAGCCAACUGGAGAGAGAAGUGGAGUAAGGUCCGUGCCGAACGGAACAGAGCUCGGGAUGAGAUCCGGCAGCUGAGGCAGCGGCUGGAUACCCUCACCAAGGAGCUGACUGGGGUCCGGCGGGAGCGGCAGGAACUUGCCACCGAAAACGAGGCGCUACGCCAGGAGACACUGCAUCUCCGGGGCGACCCCACUGCUCACCCGGCUACCGGCACAUCUUCCUUACCUUUGUCACCUCUUCAUCACAGUGCUUCCUCCUCUUCCUCAUCUGCUACCCCCUCUUCCCCUGCACCGUCUCUCUCGCCCUCUAAGGUCAUAACAGACUGCAAGUUUGAGGAGGGACCACCAGGGUCUCCCGAAGCAGAACCGGUGAGGGAUGUGGACUUGGACAGAGAGAAGAUGGGCCAGCAGAAGGACUUGGAGCUGCUUGAGUCAGUCUUGCAUUGUGGAGCACCAGGUUCUGACGCUCAGGACAGCUGGAGCAGUCGGGGUGUCAGCGCAACCGGCUCCCGCUCGUCAUCAUGUCUGAGCCGGCAGGAACGGAGCAGGCAGCUGUGGGAGGACAUGAGCUCAGUGGAGGAAGAUUCCAGCAAGCUCAACGCCCUGCAGCUCAGACUCGACGAAUCGCAGAAAGUCUUGCUGAAAGAGAGAGAAGACAAGCUGGCCCUGAGUAAGAGCAUUGAGAGACUGGAGACUGAACUCAGCCAGUGGAAACUGAAAUACGAGGACCUUAGUAAAAGCAAACAAGAAGCGCUCAAACAGCUGAAUCUGUUGAAGGAAAUGCAUCAGGAUGAACUAGGCCGCAUCUCUGAAGACUUGGAAGAUGAACUGGGAGCACGGACCAAUAUGGAUAAAAAACUGGCUGAGCUUCGAGCUGAGAUGGAGAGACUGCAGGUGGAGAACGCUGCAGAGUGGGGCCGCAGGGAGCGCUUGGAGACGGAGAAACUGGCCCUGGAGAGGGACAACAAAAAGCUGCGGGCUCAGGUGGAAGACCUGGAGGAGCAACUGGCCAAGAAACGUCGGCAGGCCGCCUCGGCACUUGACACAGACUUGAAGGCCAUCCAGAGCGAGUUGUUUGAGAGAAACAAGGAGUUGGCCGAUCUUCGUCAUGUUCAUGCAAAGCUCAAGAAGCAGUUCCAGGAGCGCACUGCGGAACUGGCCCAUGCCAACCGAAGGGUGGAGAGCCACGACAGCGAGGUCAAGAAGCUCCGUCUGAGGGUGGAGGAGCUGAAAAAAGAACUGGGCCAGGCUGAAGACGAGCUGGAUGAAUCUCAUAACCAGACAAGGAAACUGCAGAGGUCUCUGGAUGAGCAGGUAGAGCAGACUGAGAAUCUGCAGGUCCAACUGGAACACUUGCAGUCAAGGCUGAGGCGGCAGCAGCAGAGUCCUGCUCUGUUUGGGAAGAUGCGAUCCGCUCGCUUUGGUCCUGAAAACCCAGAUGGCCCAAGAAGUGAUGUUGAUGAGGAAGAGGAGGACCUGCAGUUACAGAUUCCAUGACAUAUGUCCCCAUCCACAAAUGAACAGGAUAUUGGGACGUCAGCAGUCACAUGAACAAUAUGAAGUCUAGGAAGUGUUUUGCAGAAAGGGUGAAGUAUUACUGGACAUGAAAAUAUCCCAAAACUUUCAUCUAGAUUUAAAUCCAAAAGUCAGUGUCUGUUUCUUGUUCAAACUGUAAAUUCAUGUAGACUUCUCAGGAUGUCAAAUAAUUUCUGGUCAUGAAUUAAUCAAAUCUGAACAGUCAGCAGGUCUUCUUUUAGGAGACCUAGACCACAAGAUUUAAAUCAGGCUGCACCGUGCCAAGCACACACCAGGAGCCUCAUGUAUAAAAGAGUGCACAACUUUCACACUAAAAACUGACAUACGAAAAAAUUGUGAAAAGUGCAGCACACAAAAAUAUUCAGAUGUAUAAAACCAUGCGUAUGCACAUACCUGAGCUCAUUUCCUUUAUAAAUCCUAAUUUGCAGGAAAUAGAGCGCAGCUGCUGGUCUGUCCUGUCGCCACAUAUGUAAAUUAGUAUAAAUGCCCAGAAGGCUGCCACCACAAGCAGCAAUAACCAUGGCAACGGUUUUUGCAUGUAGCAGUAUGAAUAUUUAAAAUUAUUAUUAUUACGUAUCCUAAAAGGUGCUUUCAGGGCAUAUAAGAUCACCUCACAAAAAAUAAAAAUAAUACAUUUUAGAGAAAAAAUUCCAAAAAGAAAAUUAAAUGGAAAUGCUUGUUUGAACAGCAGAGCUUUCAACUGAGAUUUAAAGACAGACAGCGUGCCAGAGAGUCCUUUGGGGUGAGUAGGGAAUGUGGAAGUUUAUUCUAUAAUAAUAGAGAAAUCAUGUGUAUUGCACAUUUACAGAAUGGAGAUGCUUUCUAUUCAUAAAGGUGUAUUCAGAAAGCUGGCAUAGCUUGACUGAAGGAUGAUUGUCUGACCCAGGGGUGCCCAAAGUCGGUCCUAGAGGGCCGGCAUCCUGCACGUUUUAGUUCUCUCCCUGGUGGUACCAACAACCUUUUCAGCAGGUCAAUGUUCUUCUUAGGCCUUCUAACGAGCCAUCAUUUGAUCCAGGUGCUUUAAACCAGGGAGAGAACUAAAACAUGCAGGAUGCCGGCCCUCCAGGAGCGACUUUGGGCACCACUGGGACCUGUCAGCAGGUCCAGCUGAACCUGCACUGGUAACUCAUAGCUCCUUUAAGUUCUGCACAGAGAUCCAGGAUGAUCAGUCUGGACAAUCUAAAUGCUAAUAAACCAUCUUCAACAUUUCCCAGCAGAUCAAUAUGUCUCUGAUAAAACGAUCCCUCGGAUUUCUACUAUUGCUGGGUUGAAGAUGAUGUAGCACCGACGUCAUCCAAUGCAGAUGGAGGGCAAGAAGUAAAUUCAGAAUGUUUAUUUCUGCUGAUCCAGCAUCAAAAUGCCAAAAGUCUGUGUCCUGUAUGGUUGUUCCAACCGUUCUAAUAGAGAGAAAGAUAAACAUUAUCUUUUACAUUUACUAACUUGUAAAGGUAGUUGAUCACAGGAUUCGUGUCUGGCCAUGAACACAGGGUUUCUGUAUCGCUGAGAAUGGUUGACCUACACUGGACCUGAAUCUAGCGUCCUACAACGACUCAACAUUAACAUACAACUUCAGCAUGAAGUUGGGUUUACAGAAGAUAAAUAAAUUAUUUACCAGCACAUAAAAAUAACGUGUUAGUUUGUUGUUAGUGAUACCAUUGUUAUCGUAGACUAAUUGCUUAAAAUAGCACAACUCACUACUCACCCGGCAGAAACAAGUCAACAGUCAUUUAAUGCUUCUUUUGAUCCUAAAUGGUCGACCCAACCUUAAACAAAAUAUUUGUAUGUUUCCAGGUUUUUGAAAACUUUCUUCUGGCUCAUUGUAUAAUAUGAGGUUGCAGCACCAGAUAGUUACAGUAUGUCGAUCUCCUCGACGCCGGGUAAAUCCUCAAGAUUGUAUGACAAGUCUUUUUAUUCGACGAGAUGAUAUGGGUCACAUCCUAAAUAUAUGUGUAUUUUUCCGAGAUACCUUGUCUGUUCCAGCCUAUUUAGAGCAUUGGCGUACUCACUGUGAUCCAUUUUUCUCUGUUUUGAACUGGACCACUUCCGGACCUCCAUCUGAAUUUCGCACGUCAUCCGGGUCAUUUGUCUGAAACUCAGCAUUUGGCGAUGCUCUCCAUCCGAGCCAAAGCAUUCCACAAUUAUACAGCACACCUUUGCACAGCUACUUUAUCUACACAUCUUGAUCACCUUUAAAUUUUUCAAACCUCACCUGUUUGGAGUUAAUCUGCUUAUCUGACUCAAUUUUCUUUUUCAGUGAUAAUAAAUAUUACCCUGCAGAUAACAUGCAUUUUUUUCAUGCGUUUCGGCGCAUAGACCGAUCCGUUACAUCUUUAUGUGACGAGCUGAGGAAAUUUACUAUGUACAUUCAAGUGAGGUGUUCACCUCCCUUUAUUUUAUUUAUUUUGUAUGUGUGUUAUGUUAUUGUCUGAGGAUAACUGUGGUUCAGUUUCAUCGUUUACAUUUAAACAAUGAAAGAUUAGAAUUGUGAAAAAACAUCGGGUUCAAUGCUCCUUGGGUUAAAUAACACUGAAUGGAGUCAGAUCUCACUGUAUUUAGGUGAGUUUUGGCGCUUUGUUGUUUAUUGUCCACAAAAUUUGAGUGGCUGCCGCACAUUUUCACAGGGGGUAGAAAGUUUGCACUUUCAUUUUUAUACAUGCCAACUUGUGCGUAAAAUAUGGUGCCGCACAUUUUUUGUGCGUACGCAUGAGGCCCCUGGUCCUGACGAGGCUACGCACUCGCUAAAUCUCACAUAUAUAUGAGAGGCCCCAUGGGCCAAAACUUACUGACUCUCGCAUAUACCAUCAAACUCCUAUACAUAGACCAAUAUGCUCUCAAAUCAACCUUUCAUACUCCAUUAAAAAUAUGUUUUUCCCUGAAGGAAAGUCUAUAUGUGAAUAUAAAAAAAUAUUGUAAAUAAAAUAGUUCACUAAAAUGUGAAAUCAACUAAAAUGAUUUAGCAAUUUUAAUUACAUUUUCUUUUUUGCUUGAGGAAAAAGUGCUUACAAAUAACAGUUGUGAAAUUAUGUAAUGUGUUUUAACAUGGAGGCUGAAGAAACUCCUCCUGGCACUUGAGGACUGUGCAGUUUACCUCUUAAUUUAAAAAAAAAACUUUCCUGAUACAUUUUGGUUAUUUUAAGGUUGUUUUUUGUGAACACAUUGCAAAUAGUAGAAACAUAUUGGUAACGCACAAAAAAGCAAUAUUGAUGUAUUUAUAGCCACACUAUAAAUUUUAAAUUCAUACCGAAUUCAGUUAGAUUGCCUUUUCAAUGGGUGGUCCAGCUACCCAACGGUUGCAUCAUUGCUUUUAAUGAGGUUGGACAAACCACAAAACCAAAGAAAAAGUGGCAAACUGUUUGAUUUAAAUAUGAUAAAAUAAAACAUGUUAGGCCUCCGGUCAUGAGGGACUGAACUACAGGAGGUUGGUAUAAGAACUAUUAAUCCCAUAGGUUCCAAAAUAUGUUUCACUGUCUCUUCCUUUUUCCAAUGCUCCCUGCCUCCCAUCCCAUGGUGGUAUUCUUCCCUAUCAAGCGUAAUAUGAUAGGGAUAAUUAAAUUCAUGAAACUCUCUCGCAAUCUGUGCCACACCACCUGAUUCUUCCUGCCCAAACCAAUUCUAGUCCUCAAGGCCUGGAGUCCAAAAACUUACACAUGUUCCUGAAUCAACAAUUAUCUCAUCAGUAUCAGUAGUAGUAGUAGUGUACUCAUGUUGAAGUGGAGACACAUUUAAAAGUUGCAGGACACUUGUGGACUGGAAGUGAUGACCCCUAAUGUACAGACAUCGAGAGAUAAGGUCAGUUUGUUUUUUAACGAGUUCUCCCUCCCAUUAGGCCACAGGAUUGGAAAAAAAUGGGCAGCUGCUGUUCCACUGAUGAACUUAUUCUAGAGACAGACAGGUUUAAAAUGCAGUUUUUUGUUUCCAAGAGUGUUGUCCUGCUCAUGAAGCAGGUUUAAACAACUGUUAAAAUUGUUGUUUAAACCUGUUAAUAUUAAUUUCUAUGAGACUGAACUUUUCGUUCUGUCUCAUAGAAAUUAAUAUUAAUGUAAUAAAAUUGUAUUUCAUUUUAUGAUGAAAACUUGUCAGGGCCUUGAAAUAACAUCUUUACAUCCAAAUGGUAAUCUUGACCUUUGGGAUCACAUAUUUUUGCUUUGAAAACACUAAUUGGCUAUAUAUUGCACGAUUUUAAUAUUUUUUUAUGUUUCCACAGUAAAUUAUUUUUUUCUCACAAACAUCAUGGUGAAUGUGAGAUUGAAUGGUGUAUUGUAUAAAUAAGAAUAAUUAAAAGUGUGACUUUGAGCCAGGAUCAGACUCAUCUGUCGUUGUGGUUGAUGGUAAAGUUUGACAGCUCUUCAGACUGGAGCUGUGAGGUCUAGGUGCAAAAAAGAACUAAUAUGACCUUUUAAUAAACUUUCACAAAUUAAGUAAAUUUUUUAUAGUUCACAAACUUAAGUUUCUAAAUGUUAUGUUAUUGGUGAAGAAUAAUCUAAUCCAGGUUUGAAGUUUCUAAAUUGUGUAGUUUUUAAACUAGAGCAGAUAAAAGAUUCUCAAGAUGGUGAGAAAAAAUGUGGAAUUGCCCUUUAGCCAUUUCCUGAAGUAAUAAGUGAAAGCCAACUUCAGCUUCAUAACUGAAGCUGAAGUUCAGCAUUUACUGCAGCAGCAGAUGCCCAGUCUCUGACUGUCAGCUCGUAUCUAACAUUUCAGAUAUUGCUCAUAUUACUGUGGAAGCAUUUACUAUAUUAUUUAGAAGACUCAUUACUUAAAUGCCUGAGUGGCUUCUGCUCAGCUAUUUUCUCCUAAAACCCAUGACAAUCUUCUUUAUUACAGGCGUCCAAUCAGAAACUGAGAAUUGAAGAUAAUUUCCUUUUCCAUCAAACUCUCUCACACAUACCACUAUACUCAUCCACACAGACCACCAUUAAUUCUCACUUUCACAAUCAAACCCUCCUAUAUUUACUGAUAUUCUCAUGUUCUGUCAUUCAAUCUCACAUUUACUAUCAUGUUUUCAUAAUAACGAAGCUACAUAAAUGGAGAUAAUGGUUGAAUAUUUUUGUAGAAAUUUAAACUACAAUCAGUUUAAUUUGGAAAUACAAUAAACUCAAAAAUGAAACUUAAAAAAAUAUGUUUAUUGAAGGAUAAAAUAAUUUAAUAAUGAAUACAUCUCUGGCUUUUGCAAAAUUUCAUUAUGCUUUUUUUGUAAAUAUAAAUUUAAUAUUAUAUAUUUAAUAUAAAAAAUUUAUAAAUAUUUAAGUUUAUUUCAAACAGAUAUUUUUGGUGUGUGUUUGGUAAUACUGCACAUAAGAGAGUUAAUUAGUAUAUGUAAAAGAGUUUGAUGGUAUAUGCAAGAGAGUUUGUAGGUUUUGGCCCAUGGGGCCUCUCAUACAUAUGAUUUGAUGUAUUUACAAAGGCAUACAACAAGCAGACAACAACCAGUGGCUGGAGUGAGACUCCAUGUCUCAUAGGAUGAGUGCAUGUGUUACUAUAUCAUCAGAAUCCAGUUUGUGUCAUCAGUUUUUAAUUUUACCUCAAAUGCACAAAUACUGCAGCUUUCUUAUUUGAACAGUGCUACUGUAAAAAACGAGCUCAAUCCUUCAUUUACAUAAGCAGUAUCUAUAUAUCACCCUAUGUUGUUUUUCAGAUGAAAAGUCUGUUCUGCUGGCUGAAGUGUUAAUUGAUGAUCUUGAUAUCAUCCUUGGGUUCAACUUACUGUUCUGAUGUUUUUCUAUAUUUCAUACCCAUCCUGCAAAACUGAACCUGCAAACAAUGAUAUGCUGCAGCUGCUUGAUGGAUGAUUGUCCGACUGUAAGCAACAUUAGCUUAUAAACCCUAUUGUAAAUGAUCUGGAAGUGAUGUAUUUAAUAUGGCUGCAGCUGAUCAAUGACAACAAAACCAUGUUAGUAUUAAACCAGGAGAAAGCAUCAGUUAACAUAUGUAUAGAUACUGAAGGAUGAGAAGCUGAGAGAGACUCUGUUACUUGGGAAAUAACAGUCCAUCAGUGAGACGUGCUUCUGGGAUGGAAAAUAUCCCACAAAGAUAUGGUCAGGUCAAGUUUGGAAAAUACCAACAAGUUAGACAUGGAGAAAGCUCUGACCUCUUGGUAUGAAGUCAAAUGUCUACUUCAUUUUACCAAUCAGGCAGUAUGUCUGAAGCACUGUCCACACACCAACUCCAUCAGCACAACCAAGAUGCUUGAGAACUGAUAAAACUUGAGACACUGACUGGUUGUUUAUUUCUGCAGAUCUUUGCUGUUAAUUAUACCCAGAAGUAUCUUUAUUGGUGUCCGUCUUUUCAAUUUUUUUUACAUUUUCUGUGUGAACCCCCAGAUUUCAGUCUGAGCUUCAGUGACAUUGUGGUUAAAAUGAAAGUGCUAAAACUCAGCAGACUUCUUUGUUACACUUUAAGUUUCAGUCAAAGUUGACACUUUGCACCAACUUUUAAACUUCCGAAUUUAUAACUCAUCCUGUGACUUGCAUUCAGACCAACUAUGUACUUCCUCUGCUCACUGGGACAUGCUGAUGUGAUUACUUGUUGAUGGUCAUCUUAAAUAAUGUACAGUUCUGCAUAAACAGUUGUGGAAUUUUUCAAUUUUCCUCCUCAAAUUCCUAAAGUUAGGAUCAAGAGAGGGAGUAAAUGUGUCAUGAAAGAAUGAAUCACAGUUAAUGCAAGCCAAUGUCAUUGCUUUGAGUUUUUAAUGUUGAAACUAGCAGGUAUUGAAGAGGAGGCUAUGUUUGAGGACUAUGUCUCUGCUCCUCUCGGUCUCAGUACUUACCCACUGAAUCCACAAUCACUCUGCCUCAGGCUUAUCUCUGAUGCUGGAAGAGGACCAAUAUAUUUGUAAUGAUCGUCACUCUGUAUUCCUACUAUUUAUGCUGUUGUUAUAAAUGUGUUUUUAUAAAGGUUGUGCACCACAGUCGUUUCUAUUAUCUCUAUAAAUGUCAACUGUACAUACAAAGAAA